AUGACAAAUUUGGAGUUUAGGUCGGCUAUCCAAAUGUUGGCUCAAGCCAUGACGGCUCAAGUCAACAGAGAGAUGGUAGCUCCGAUGAAUCCUAAUGUGAAUUCCGCGGCCUUAAGAGUGAGGGAUAUUAUGAGGAUGAACCCUCUGGAGUUUUAUGGCUCCAAACUGGAAGAUGAUCCUAAGGAGUUUAUAGAUGAGGUUUAUAAAUUACUUGCUAUUAUUGAGGUGACUUCGGUAGAGAAAUCAGAGUCUGAUGGAAAAGGUAGACCUAAGUUCAAACAAAGAUAUUCUGGUCAAGAUUCUCCCAAUACUCCUAGGUUUAACCAAGAGAAAGGUGGUGGGUCUCCAUCACCUAAGCCUACUUGCACCAAGUGUGGGAGGAAUCACCAUGGUAAGUGCCUAGCCGACAUGGAGGGUUGUUAUGGUUGUGGUAAGAGAGGGCACAAAAUGAGCGAUUGCCCGGUGAUUAAGGCUAAGGGAAGAGAGGAUAAGAAAAUUGCCACCAGUAGUUCGGAUGGGGAUGCUUAA